GUGUAUGCGUGUGAAAGGGAGAGAGAGAUAAUCUGUCCAUUUUGUGUCUCCUGUCUCCCCUCUUUCUCUCCCCCCAGGCCCCCUGGCUGCCAGGCGUCACACCAGUUUAUAAUAAGGACCCCAAAAAAACUUGUCGAGUGAACGGAGUGAAAGAGAGAGAAAAAACGGAACCCUUCCCACUCUCCAAAAAUCACUGGGAGUGACUGUGACAGGAGGAAGGGGACAGAAAGAGAGAGAGAGAGGGAGAGAGAGAGAGCUGAAGAAGCCCUCGCAGGACUUCAUCACAUUUCUUUCAGGACUACGCGGACCGCAACGGACCACAACCCAAUCAGUGAACCUGGACUGCUAAUCAAUAGCGGUGAUUAGUCGCGGAGUGUUGUCUCGGAGGAGCAUGCGGCUCGGUUUACUUUUCAGGCUCUAUGUGCUGUGGGGCUUUGUGGUGGUCACGACCUCCGUGACCAAGGCAGCCAAGAGGAAGGUGGCAGGCAGACGGUCCAGACAGGUGUUUGAAGCGGAGCCUGUGGAGGGGGUGUGGUCAGUCUGGGGGGAUUGGUCUGACUGCUCUCAGACCUGCGGCGUGGGCGUCUCACAGAGGAGCAGGACGUGUUUACCUCCUCCACCCUCACACGCUCCUCCCCUCUCCCACUCUCCACCUAACUGGGCAGGUUAUUUGCCCGGCGGCAUCGGCGGUCCUGUCAUCUCACCUGCACGUCCCUUCUACCCUCCUCGUUACCCCGGACAACACCAGCCUUAUCACCCCCCAUCGAUCCCCACCAAUCGCAACCCAGGGUUGUCUCUCUAUCGGAAUACCAAUGCCGUGGGAGGAGGAGGAGCUCCUGUACUGGGACAGACCAAUCAAAACCCUCCUUUUUACCAGCCAGAAUUCCCCUCAACCAAUCAAGACCAUGUGUCUGUUUACCGAUCGCCCUAUCACGCUCCUUCACACAGCUACAACCAGCCAGCUCGUACCAUCAGGAGGCCGACCAAUCCGGGAGGAGCGAGGGCUGCAGGGAGCAGAAGGUCUGUCUCCACCAAUCGGGACGGUUUGCCUGCGAGGAGGCCUUCCGCUAUCCGUCCGGGUCAGUUUGGGUACGGCAGGGUCCCGUUCUCUCUGCCUCUGCAUCGCCCCAACCGGCAGGCGCGCCACACUGUAAACGGCACUGACGUUGAAACUCCACCUGUUCUCACUGACGAAGACGCAGAGAACGACAGAAAAGAGGAGAUUGGAAGUGAUGGCGAGGACAGGGCAGCAGGGAGGCGUGAGGAGGACGAGGAGGAGGAGGGCACAGAUGUGCCUGCUGCUGACGAGUUUCCCACGACGACCACCACAACCAGCAACCCACACCGCCACGCUGACAGACAAAGCAAUACAGAGCACGGGAGGGCAAGAGAGCGAGCCCCACCUCCUCACUCCUUGUCACGCUCCUCAUCGCCAUCUUUCCUAACCAGCCGCCGCCAGUUUGACUGGCACUCUGUCACCGCACCGCCUCAUCCCAAUUCUCCUCUCUCCCGCCCAAACUCCCCUGCCAUCUCGUCACCUUAUUCCCCUCCUCUCCACCGCCCCAGCCCCGUGCACAGAGACAGGGAGCUCCACCCAGGCUUCAGCCCCCACAUCCAACCCGCUGGCGACAUCUACCCACUCCAGCACCCCCACAUCCCGCACCUUGGAGCGGAAUCAGGCAGGGAUGGAGGAAGAGGAGCUCCUCAGGUGAUCAGAUGCUCCGGGCCGGAGAAGGAGUACCGCAGGUGUUUUUCGCAGGUGUGCGGAGGAGGUGCGUUGGACUCCAGAGCGGAGCAGUGUGCAGCCUUUAACACGCAGGAGUUCAUGGGUCGCCUCUAUGACUGGGAGCCUUUCACUGAGGUUGGUGCGGACAAACAGUGCGAGCUGACCUGCAGACCUGCCGGCUAUCGUUUCUAUGUCCGCCAGGCCGAGCGCGUCACAGACGGGACCCCCUGCUUCAACGUCAGCUCAAACGAUGUGUGUGUGGAAGGCCGGUGUCUGACUGAGGGCUGCGAUGGCGUCCUGGGCUCCGGCUCUGUCAUUGACAAGUGCGGAGUGUGUGGAGGGCGGGAGAGCUCCUGUCAAAAGGUGACAGGAAGCUUCCAAAAUGUCACAGUUCCCCUUGGUUACUACAAGAUCCUGGACAUCCCUCCGGGAGCUACAUUCAUUAACAUCACGGAGAGACGAGCCAGCCCAAAUUACCUGGCUAUGAGAAGCGGCACCGGGGCUUCAGUGGUGAACGGGCGCUGGGCUGUGGAUCCUCCGGGGGAAUACCAGGCAGGAGGGACUACUUUCACCUACACCCGACCUAGAGCGCAGGCGGAAGGGGAGGAAGAGAAGGGCGAGUCCCUCAGGGCUCCAGGACCGACCACCACACAGCUACAGCUAUAUAUCAUUUUCCACAGGGAGAACCCCGGCAUCGAGUAUGAGUUUUACGUCCCGGUGGAGAAAAAGGAGGCAGAGAGGGAGAGGCUGAUUGAGAGAGAGAGGGAGGCACCCAGAGAGAGGCCGAGGGAGCGACAGCCAGGGAGAGCGCCCCUCCGCAGUCCUCUCACUGUGUCAGUAGAAGACCCUCCUCCUGCUCCUCCCCCAAUUUCAGUUCCUUCUUUCCCCUCCUCCUCCUCCUCUUCCUCUUCUUCUACCUCUGUGUUUUCUGCCCCCUCCUCGGACCGAUGGACACCUGAGAGGACGCGUCCUCGCAGCUCUGCACCUAAUAGGAAUGCUCGGAUCCCCCCUCGCACCGACCUGCCACCGGACACUCAGCCGCCGUUUGUGUGGAGGAGAGGAGGACUCACAGGCUGUUCUGCUUCCUGUGGCAAAGGUUUUCAGAGCAGAGUCAUUCUGUGUAUAAACCGACACACAGAUGAAGAAGUCCCGGACAGGAAGUGCGACUCUGCAGCCAAGCCGAUUCCUGAGGAGGAGCCUUGUAACACACAUCCCUGCCCGCCAUUCUGGGAGGCCAGUUCGUGGUCGGAGUGCAGCGUGUCCUGCGGCCCCGGGGUGCAGCAGAGGCAGCUCCAGUGCAGGCAGAGCUUUGGCAACCGCUCCACCAUGGUCCACCCGCAACGCUGUGCCAACCUCACCCCUCCAGAGUCCACGCAGACGUGUCAGCUCAGCGUCUGCUCCCACUGGGAAGUCAGCUCCGACUGGAGCACGUGCUCAGUGGACUGUGGAGUCGGGAGGAGGACGAGGAGCGUGCGCUGCCUCAGCGAUCAAGGCAACGAGGUGAACGAGAACGAGUGCAACUCCAGGGUUCGCCCACGAGGAAGUGAGGAGUGCAACAUGGGCCCCUGUGUGACCAACUGGUACUUCACCAACUGGUCCAACACUUGUUCGGCGCCGUGUGGCCCCGGGGUGCAGAAGAGGGAGGUGGUGUGUCUGACUCGAGGAGGGGUCAGGGAGGGCGGAGGAGGAGGGGACUGUGUUGGGGACAAACCGGCAGAGAUGAAGGCCUGCAACGGGGGUCCCUGUGUGCCGACAACCAUGUGGUACAGCAGCCCCUGGACACAGUGCAAUGUCCGCUGUGGGAAUGGAACUCAGAGACGAGACAUCAUUUGUGUCCAGAAGAUGGGAAACGAUUUUACUGUCACACCAGCCAGCGAGUGCGCUCAUCUGGACAAACCUGCUGCGGUCCAGGAGUGUGAGAAGGGAGAGUGUGAGCCACAGUGGUUCACGACAGAGUGGAGCGCGUGCUCACGUUCUUGUGGAAAAGGCUUACAAAUGCGGGAGGUACGGUGUCUCACACCGGACAAAAAGCACGGCCAAGAGUGUGAUUUGAGCACCAAACCUGCGCAGGAGCAAACCUGCAACAUUAUACCCUGCAGUCCACAAGUCUCAGACGAAAACUGUCGGGACAGACGUCACAACUGUGUGAUGGUGGUUCAGGCUCGGCUGUGCGUCUAUUCCUACUACAAGGCCAACUGCUGCGCCUCGUGUACCCAGAGUGCUCAGCGGGCCAAGAGGCACUGACCAGCCCAUCACGCAAACAGCCCAGGUGUGCCACAAAUCAUGGAUUAGGUCAAAGGGCCGAUCACACCUGAAAUGAUAAAUGCGUAGAAGGACAGCCCAGAGUAGAUAUAAUCCCAGUGAUGGCCAUCAGAAAACAUUUAGCUAUUUUCUCCUGAUUCUUCAGGUAAAACACUGUGAAAGCAGCCGGUUCCUUUUUCCCAGUUCUCUGUAUAGGAACUCAUAUUGUCUUUUAGAGCCACAUAUUUCACUGAGAUUGCAUCUGUUUACUUUGUGUUAGCUUUAACAGGUUCAUGAUGUGUCACACACGGGGCUGAGUGAUGCAUUCGCUGCGAUUUCUACUCUCAUUUCUGAGGCUGAGAGAUUAUAAAGGAAGGUGCCUACUGAGGACACAGCUGUGUUUCAGCAGCAAAUUUAGCUUUUUUUUAAGAUUCUUUAGGAUUUUAAAGGUUUAGUGUGUCGGAUUUAGGGGGAUUUAUUGGAAGAAAUAGAAUUUAAUAUAAUAAAGAUGUUUUUUUUUAGUGUAUAAUCACCAGAAAAUAAGAUUUGUUGUAGAAUGAGCUGUCUAUAUCUACAUAGGGAGCAGGUCCUGGCUCACCGAGUUUGCCAUGUUGACUCGCUAUGUUUCUGCAGAAGCUCAGAACAAACAAACCAAACACUGGCUCUAGAUGGGGACAAUCACGUUUUCGUGUUGGCCUCCAUAGUUAGCAGCCCGUCUGCAACGAGCAGCAUCAGAAAAACACUGAUUUUGUUACAUGAAAGUGCUUUAUUCAGUGUUUUUACCGGUUAAAAUCACCGGGUGGGUCUGUUUUGGAGAGGAGGAAACCUCUGUGAAUAAUUAGACUCCUGAAGUGAUGAUUAAAAUGUGUCCUGAGUUUGUCACAUCACAGAAAGAUGUGUUAUUAAACACCCGACCAAAUUUGAUUGACCAAAAAAAAAAAUUACCAAGUAUGUAAAAGAAGGUCUCAAAAUCCUGAAAAAUGCACAGUAUUCUUAGAUUUGAAACGCUGGGGGCGUGUCCGCUGGAGGAGCAGAGGCCACGCCCAAUCGUUGUACUAUGCUAAUGAUGCUUCUCGUUUUCAUACUGCUACAUUGUCAGGGGCGGGGCUAUGCUGAGUGUAGUGCAUCAGCGAGCUAUGGUUUUAGACCCGCCCAAAAAAUCUUAAAACAGGAUAAUGGUGAAAAAACAGUCAACCGUAUAACUCAACAAUUCAGUACUUCAUAGUUAAGGGUCUUUGUAGCAUGUUUCAACAAUCAGUUUCCAGCAUUUAGAACGUGUUUUGAAACAAAUCGCUGAAUUCACUUUACCCGGACUUUAAGUUAUCAGAGAAAACUGGGCUAACAGCUCGUCUCUGAUAUGCCAAACAGCAUUGAAAAAACACUGAUUUGUAAUGGCAAAUUGCUUUAUUCUGUGUUUUUACUGGUUUAAAUCACCACGUCUGCUUGUUGUUCAGAGGAGGGGACCUCAGCAGAAAAUUCAUCUCCUGGUAAAAACCUCUUAUAUAAUAAACACUUAAGGAUUUUUAACCAGGAGAUGUUUCAGCUGGUGCCACUAAAUCCCCCUAAAACUUACACACUUCUCCUUAAAAACAAAUGUAGUUAGACAUGCAUACCACUAAUUAUGAAAAAAAAAAGUGCUGAUCAAAUAAUUACCGUGUGUGCUAGUUAAACUGUGUAUACUGUAGUGCUACGUGUGCUGAAGAUCUACUGGAAUAGAUCUACUGUGUUUCUGCACACUGCAGACCCCAGCUAGAAGGAUGUCAUUAACAUAUCGUACGUCUUUUUCUGUUUGCCAAAAAUGUUUUUCCUCAAGCGUCCUCUUAUUGUUCAGUUCAGUAUUUGGACAGAUGAACCAAAGGAGUGGGGUGACCAUGGCAGUAAGUGACCAAAUAUAUCAGAGCGGGAAGAGGGGAGAUUCUUCCCAAACAAGAAGGAUGAUUAGACAUGGACGUUAAACAAGCAGUACAGAUUCUGUACAGUCCUGCAAACGUAUUCAAGUCAGUUACAUAUACAUGUAGUGUUUUUAAAGUGGAGGCAGACAACAUUUCUUAAUGUUUUAAAGUGGUGUUAUUGUUUCGUUUUCCUCGCGACUACCAGAGUUUCCACAGGUACUACGGUUGUUCCACCGUCUGCCAUUUCCAGGAUAGUAACUGCAAUAAAUUGCAAUGAUAUUAAAGAGAAAACAGAAGUGCUAUCCUCCUCCUGUUUUGGUUGUGCAAUUGUUGACGCACUUCCUUUGUGCAGUAAAUCGAGCCUUCAUUUUCCAGGAGAUCGUACCUGGUGGCAGACAGCUUUGCAAAGCGAGGCUUAUGGGGAACCAAUAUUUGUGAAAUCACCGUUUACUUAAUAAUGAUGCGUUAAAGCAAAAAAAAAAGUUGUCUGUUUUCACUUUAAAGAGAGCUGUUGGAGUUGUUUUAAAAUCCACAACUUAUGUGUGGAGACUCAUAGUUUUUUUUUCACAAGACUAAAGCUGCUGCUCAGUAAAUAACCAACAAAAAAAAGAAAGAAAAAGAAAUUAUCGAGUGAUAAGACUGGUGUUGUUGUAUGCUUUUCUCCUUGUCAACAAAUCACACGGAAAGACCAAAACAAUGUGUGAUGAUGUUGAUCUCUUAGAAGAGUUCACAAUAAUUUUCUGGAGACAGCUAGGUUUUACUUAAAAAAGAAAAAAAAAGAGUAAAGGUGCUUUUUAGGGACUAUUUCAGCUGCAGAUUAACCCAUGUGGUUUUGAGAGGACUUUCAGAGAAAUAAGCUCAUCAGCCAGUAUGUGUUUUUUCAUAUAAUUCCUUGCUAAUAAGAAAAAUAUAGAAUAUUGCCUUCAGCUAUGAAGUUGGUGAUGCACAGGUUUGGAGAUGCAAAACAAUUCACUACUCCAUGGCCGACCCAAUCGCGGGGAAAUGUUGGUAUUGUACGUUUCUGUAAACUGCGGACACGUUACAUUUGCAUGUUAUUAUGUAACGGAUACAAUGAAACUUUGUUCCUUUCAAAUUUUAGCAGCAGAGUGUUAAUGUGUGGUUACAUUUAGGCGCAAAAAACACUUGUUUAUGAUUUAAAAAGAUCAUGUUUUGGCUGAAGAGGUGUCUUGGUUCCAUAUAAUGAAAAUGUUUUUUUUUUUUUAUGUUUCAACAAUGCUGUGGUUAAGGUGUGGUUAGGUUUAGACACAAAUCCAUUUAGUUAUAAUUGGAAAAAGUUUGCGCAGUUUAGGGGACACUAUCCCGGCAGGAAAAGCAGUGAUUUCUGCAAAAAAAACAACCGCCUUUCAUGCCCCUCUUUCGGCAAGAAAAGCAGCAAUGUCUUGGUAAAAAAAAAAAAAAAAAAGAAGCUCUUAAAGUUUAAAGCCAUGCUGGGAAAAAACAGGUCAUAUACAAUGUCACUUUAGAAAUGUAUGAAACAUGCAAAUGAAACGUACAAUGUCAACAUCUCUUCCAGCGACUGGGCUUCACUGACCUAAUUCUGCAGUUUAGUCAUCACAGCACCAUGACGAGUGCACCGAGGUAUUAAAAAACAUCUUUAUGUCCUCCCUGUCUCCUCACCUCAUCUCAGUAUCUUUUCUUUUUGCCUCCGUCAUCACUGUCUUAGGAGGAGAUGAUGAUGAUGAAUCUGUCCUGUGAGAAUAGGUGAAGUCAGAAUUAGGAAACCUCAUGUAGACGGAGAAAGCUGCUUUCUUACAAACAGUCCUUUAAUGAGUUCCUCAUGAUCGAAUGCAGUCGUUCUGCUUUGACCUGACAGUAAACCUCUGUAUAUGUGUAUAAGUACUCUUUAUGCUUUCUUUUUCUCUAUUUUUACUUUGCUCUUCACACACACACAACACACACGUUACACCCUGCCCACUCAAAGGUGAGGAAUCUGUAUAUUUGUCAGAUAUGUUUUAAUGUCUAUAAUUUCUUUGAACAUAGUCGGUGCUUAUGUUGUAUUACUGAGUAGAGCUAUCAGAAGUGUUGUUGUAGACUGCAUUUAUCCACAUCUAACUGUCAUAUAUUUUGCAUUUGACAAGAGAAUCAGUGACAUUAACGUGAGUUUUGGAUGUUUGCGUGUGUAUGUGUGCUUGUGUGUGUGUUUGUGGUUGUGUAUUGCGGCUUUGAAUGUGUCAUUCUUGUCUCUAAUCCCUCGUAGUAAAAAAAAAAAUUACUUUUUAUAUAAAAACAAAAAAUGGAUAGUAAUUUAUCUAUUAUCUAAAGAACAUGUAAUUUAUUUUGUUUUAAGAAGCUGUAGCGAAAUUUCUUUGUUACCACCAGAGUUUAUAAGAUUGUUAUUGUUGAUACACGGACAGAUUUUUUUUUUUUUUUCAUGCGAAAAAAAAAAAAACAGUGUGGAAAAAUUAUUAUCUCAAACCUUCAUUUUAAAUAAAACAACACAGAUAUUAAGUGGCAUGUCAUGAUUGCUGUUGCACAUUGAUUAAGGGUUUAUGUAGCCGGCUUCCUCCAAACGAUGGCGCUGUUGAGUCUCAUUAAUGAAUAAAAGGUUUGUCUGCAGGGAAAUGUUCCUUAUCAGUUCAAGUCUGCAUUGUGACCAGUUGUUUGUUUUUAAAUAAGAAAAGUGGUUUUUGUCAAUUUAUUGACUGAGCCUGGAUUUGCUUACGAGCUUAAUGUGGUCAUCCAAAAAGAUAUUUUAAUGAAUGAAUGAAUGAUAAUUAAUUGACCAGGAAGUCUCUUGAGAUACAAUGGGCCUCAUGAAAGAUGCAAAAUGUUCUCUUAUUUUGCUCAUAUCCACAAUUUGUUCUUAUUUUGUUUGUACCAACUGAUUUCUGGGGUUUGAUGUUUUUUAUUUUUGCUCUUCUCUUUGGUGGGAGUACAUUUUAAGCAUGUGCAUAGCACUCUUACCAAGAUAAAAGAAAAUCAUUUCAA